CAUGCAGUGGUGAGGAACAUGGAAAUUCCAACAGGGAGAGGCACAGACAGCAGCGUGGAGUCUGAGUAAGGGAUGGUAGUAACCAAAUAUAUAAACGAAAUAAAGCCUUUCAAUGUCCCAGAAGGCCAGACCAGACCACCCAUGACCCCUCUCCUCCUCAUGCCUACCCCUUUUCCAUCCUCUGUUUUCCGUCUUUACAUUUCUUUCCUUCUCCCCUGGAUCUCAAUCAAAUAAUUUUAAUCUCUAAUUCACGAAGAGUAUGACUCCCUUCCCACCUCCUAAAACUCGACCCCUCUCUUUCUCCUUCGCCACGAUGAUGAUGAAAUAAUAAUAAUAAUAAUAAUUAUUAUUAUUAUUAUUAUUAUUAUUUUCGUCUCUUCUCCAUCUCUCUGGAGAGGUCGUCCGAGAUGUCAGAGGACGAGGAGGACGAGAGGGGAGGAGGAGGAGAAGGGAAGCGGUGGUCCCCGGAUCUCGUCGGCGGCCGCGGAGGAGGAAGCGGGGGCGGCGACCCUCCGCCGUUCUCCGACCAGGUCCUGGAGAACGUCCUCGAGAACGUUAUCCAGUUUCUGGACUCUCGCCGGGACCGGAACGCGGCCUCCCUGGUGUGCCGGUCCUGGUGCCGCGCCGAGGCACAGACCCGGCGCGACCUCUUCAUUGGCAACUGCUACGCCGUCUCCCCCGCCCGCGCCGUCGAGCGGUUCCGCCGCGUCCGGGCGCUCGUCCUCAAGGGCAAGCCCCGCUUCGCCGACUUCAACCUCGUCCCUCCCAGGUGGGGCGCCGGCUUCUACCCCUGGCUCGCCGCCCUCGUCCCCGCCUACCCCUGGCUCGAGCGCCUCUGCCUCAAGCGGAUGUUCGUCUCCGACGACGACCUCUUCCUCCUCGCCAAAUCUUUCCCCUCCUUCCGCGACCUCACCCUCAUCUGCUGCGAUGGCUUCGGUACCGCCGGCCUCGCCGCCAUCGCCGAGCACUGCAGGCACCUCCGAGUGCUGGAUCUGAUAGAGAACGACGUGGAGGAGGAGAUGGUGGACUGGGUAUCGAGAUUCUCGACGACGAGCUUGGAGUCUCUCGUCUUCGACUGUGUGGGAUGCGCGGUGGACUUGGAUGCCUUGGAGGCGCUCGUGGCCCGCUCCCCCUCCCUCCGGAGGCUGCGGGUGAACCAGCACGUCUCCGUCGCCCAUCUCCGCCGCCUCAUGGCGCGUGCGCCGCAGCUCACCCACCUCGGCACCGGGUCCUUCGGGGACGGCGGUGGCGGGGGAGGGGAGAUGGAGGUGGCCGACCUGAGGGCGGCCUUCGCCGCCUCCAGGUCGCUGGUGUGCCUCUCGGGAUUCCGCGACCUCGCCCCGGAGUACCUCCCUGCCAUCUACCCUGUUUGUGCCAACCUCACUUCUCUCAACCUCAGCUUCGCCGAUAUCACCGCCGAUCAGCUCAUGCCGGUCAUUAUUCGUUGCCACAAUCUCCAGACUUUCUGGGUUCUUGACACCGUUGGUGAUGAAGGCCUUCGGCUGGUGGCUGCGACGUGCAAGGACCUCCGCGAGCUCCGGGUAUUCCCUUUGGAUGCCUCGGAGGACUCCGAGGGCUCUGUUUCGGAUGUCGGUCUGACUGCGAUCUCGCAGGGAUGUCGGAAUCUCCGGUCGAUUCUUUACUUCUGCCAAAGAAUGACCAAUGCCGCUGUGGCGACCAUGUCCGAGAAUUGCCAGGAGCUGGUCGUGUUCCGCCUCUGUAUCAUGGGCCGCCACCGCCCUGAUUACGUCACCAGGGAACCCAUGGAUGAGGGAUUCGGGGCCAUCGUCAUGAACUGCAAGAAGCUCACCAGGCUUGCCGUGUCUGGCCUGCUGACCGACAGGGCGUUUGGAUACAUUGGAAAGUAUGGGAAGUUGUUGAGGACCCUUUCGGUGGCCUUCGCAGGGAACACCGACUUGGCUCUGAGGUACGUGCUCGAAGGGUGCCCCAAGUUGCAGAAGCUUGAGAUCAGGGACAGCCCUUUUGGGGAUGCAGGUCUUCUCUCUGGGAUUCACCAUUACUAUAACAUGAGGUUCUUGUGGAUGAAUUCUUGUAAGCUUUCGAUUAGGGGUUGCAAGGAAGUAGCGCGGAGGCUACCUCACUUGGUGGUGGAAGUGAUCAGGGAUAAACUUGAGGAAGAUGAUGUCGAGGCUGUCGAGAAGUUAUACUUGUACCGGUCUCUUGCAGGGCGUAGGGAUGAUGCACCUCCAUUUGUGGAGAUUUUAUAAGCUCUGCCUUUCAGUAGAGAUACUAGGGAGAAGAACAAGCCUGCCUCUUUACUUCUGGGUGUGGCUGAGGAGCUCAAUUCCAAGUGGACAAUGUUUUGAUUCAAAGCAAUGAGCAUGAAUUUGGUGGACAGUUUUCAUAACCCACCAGAUACUUCUCAUGCUUCUUGCCUUUAAGAGGGGAUAGCUCCAUUAUUAUUAUUUUUUUCUUUUUAAUCGCCUAUUCCCCUUAUGCUUUGGUUGUCGGAACAGCAUAUGCAAUGAGGAAUCUAUCUUCCAGGGAUCUCUUUCUUCUGUUCGCACAGAUGAAAAAUUUGAUGAGGUAGAAGCAGAGGAGGAGCAUAUCUAGAAGUGGAAAAGAGUAAUAUUAUGUUGUUGUAUGGAUAGAACAUUAUUUAUACAAUCUUGUAUCAUCAUGAGAUCAUCAUAAGAGCAAGGCUACACAGGUGAUUGGCCUGAGCAAGGUGGUUUCAGAUGCGUCAUGGAUGCAUCCUAUGCCUCAAGUGUGCUGAGACCUCUCAUUUUCCUCUGUUCCCUUGAAGAAGAAAGCCGAGUGUAUGAAACUGAUCUCUAUCAUGUUUAGUAGGAGUUUCUUAGUAUUCGAUGAAAGAAAGAGUUGUCUUUGCUUCUUGUGUUGUGGCUGUUUGUGCAAUAUAUCAGAUGCUUGAAAUC